AAAAUCUCACCAUUUCCUGCUUUGUCCUCCCCCCUCAGGCCACAGCUCCAGUGUCCAUCCCGUCCAGCAACAGUAGCUCCAGCGGGUCGGCCUGCACCAGCUUCACCCCCACCAACAGCUCCAACUUCAGCAUCUCCUGGCAGUCACCGCCCGUCACUUUCACCGGGUCCACGGUGUCCCCCAGUAAGAGCCAGGGCUUCGGUGAACAGCGCUCCCAAACCAUCGCCGUCCUCUCGUCCCCGCCCAGAGCCACCACCGCCCUCAGUCGGAAGGUGCGCGGUGAGGGGAAGAAGUGCCGUAAGGUGUACGGGAUGGAGAACCGCGACAUGUGGUGCACCGCCUGCCGCUGGAAGAAAGCCUGCCAGAGAUUCACCGACUGAACGUUCCUCACCAACUUCAAAGCGCCACGCCAACGUGCACGGCUGCCUUUGGCCAGAGAAAAGGGGGAGGGGCAUCGUUUUGCAUGCAUUUGGUUUUCUUCAGCUCAAAAUCGCAACUGUCCGUCAAACUCUGGCUCUACCCCUGAGCCCCCCCCCUAAGCUCAACUGAACUCCAGCUGGGGAAGGGACCAAAGCAGAGUCACCUUUCACAUUGCCGUCCUCGCCAUUCCCACCAUUCCCAGUUUUUGGGAAACCCCAAUGCAGCUAAACAGUGUAAAGAAAAUAUAGAUCUAAAGAUGUUUCCUGUUUUUUAUGUUGGGUUCAGUGUUGCAUCUUUCUAUGUUUUGUAAAGCUCUGGUUUUUAAAUGGAAAGUCUAGUCAAAGAAGGAGUGUGUUUUAGUAAAAGAAAAGAAUCUUCACUUUUUUAUCCAAAAGAAGAUUGGGCCUCUUUGCUGCCAUUUUUGAAGAACGUGAAAGCAUGGCGGUAAAGCUCGCAGUUUUUGUUCUCCCUUAGACUUGUUUGUGUCUUGUUUUAUUUCUGGACCUUUUGAGGUGAUCUUUUAUCACCGACAUGCCAGCCUCUCUACCGGCUCCUCACCCGCUCUUCGCUCCUGACAGCCGCUGGGAAUGUACGACCGAGCCGAGAGGGCCGGCUGACACGUGGAGAGGAAGAGAGAGACACAUGGUGAACGAGCAAUGCAAAAAAAAGAUACGAUUUACAGUCAGGGAAAGCAGAUGGACCAUGCGUUCACACACACAAACAAACACAGGUAUUCACACUCAAUCCGUUUUCUAUGUCACUUUUUAUCCAGUUCAUUCAUUUCCUUUGCUUUAUCAGGGAUGUGAUUCUAAAGAAAGCAACAACCAGCAGCUGACACAUGGAGUUAUACAGAACAGCACAGUCUCAAUAGCUUCUCUCUUUCACUUUGCAACCAAAAGCUCCUGUAUCUUAUUCUCUAUUUCUUUGUUUUUGUUGAGGUGUUCACCAUGUUUACUGUUGUUGAUGUAUUUUUUUUUGGCAAAACCAACACUGUUUACCUACCACCUGCAGAAAGUGUGUUAAAAAGGCUUCCUGACAGCACUGGAAGCAUGGAGUCAGCAUGCGAGGCCACGAACAGAUAAACACCUUUGACCACACACAGAGAGACAGACUGCCCUCCUCCUCAGCCAACCUUUACACCUUCCUAAAGGAAACAAAAUAUCUUUGUGUUUACGGCGCAUCUUGAUCAUCUGUUAACCAAAGGGGGAGGGCUGAAAACCAAAAGUGAGGCACUUGCACUGUAUGUGUGACACGGGGCACUUGGUGCUAUUGAGGUGAAAAUGUUGCUACCUUCCACGAGCCCUUUUCAUUUACAACUUCUAAAAGAAAAUAAGAACAACUAAAAGCAAACAUUUGAUCACACACAAUAUGGUUACCCCCAUUUUGAACCAUUAUUUGCUCUAAGAGUUUUGGAGAAAUUAUUUAUAAGCACUUGAUCAGGUCACUCCUUGUUGUUCAAUGUGCACUGCACACUUUCUUCACUUGGCAACAUGCAAGCAAAGCUUUGACUCCAGCUGUUCGGAGAGUCCGCCACGUAACAUUGUCACUGAGAAGUCGAGAGGGGGAAAGGUAAAAAUGUCUGAUUUGUCUUUUGAAUGUGUUCAUUUGAGUUUCCGCCUCCUUGUUGGCUCAGGCAGGAAAUAAAUUGUCGAAAGCCCAAAAAGUUUACAGAUGUUUACUCUGUAGUGAUAAUGGACCAACUGUUUUUCACCUGGGGCCGCGCUCUACUUUAUUACAGUGUACUGAAAUAGGUUGAAAUGUUGUUUCUACGAACAGACACAUAUACUAUAUAUGUGAUACUGAUUCUGCAUUUACUCUCUUCAUUAUUGAAUGUUUUCUCAAAUGCAUGCUAAAAUCUUUAUUGGCAGUUCACACAGAUUCUUUUUCCCCCCCAGAAUUAUUGGAAACCAACACCAGCUAUAAACUCGCUCGCUCGCCCAUUUCACAGUGCAGUCUUUUCCCACCUGAUGGUAAAAUGGUAGCUCUGUUAUGUUUGCUCAGCUGUUUCUAUUUGUUUUUGUGUGUUCAUGUAUAUAUGUCAUUCUUGUGUUUUCUCUAAGCUCCAUGUUUAUGACCCGUUACCUCGGUCAUUACAUUUGCCACCUUAUGAACGACAUAUUUAGAUUAUCUCCAAACUGGUUUGCCAUUGUAUUUUGUGAACGUAUUAUCGUUUAAGAAAAGACAAAUCUAUAUAUACGUAAAGAAACAACAUGUUCACAUUUUCAAAAGCAAAAAAAGACAUUGAUUUGGCUGUUUGUUUUAUAUUUUUUCCAUAUAUAUAUAAAUGAUGAAAUAUACUGUUUAUACAUUUUGUUUUCAUGUUCUGCUAAAAGGUUUUUUGUAUUGUUAGGGGGAAGCCCAGGCAGGGUGACGCGCCUGCAGCGCCUUCACGUAGACCCCCCCUCCCCCCUGCCGCUACUGCUAAGCGGUUGAAAUCCACAGUUGAUUAAAACCUUUAUCUUCUUUCCAAUUCACCUCUCUGGGUGCCAUGCAGGCUCACUUGCAAUUAGUUUGAUUGACAUCUCGGGUGUGUUUGCACUCAUGUGUGCAGUGAUACACUCCUGUGUAUGGAUGUGAAGGAGCCCCAGGCAAAGUAGUUGCCACUGGAGCACUGUG